AUGAGACUUGCCCUGCUGUGUGGGCUGCUGGUGGCGGCUGGUCUGACUCCAGCCCAGGGAGGCCUCCUGAAUCUGAACAAGAUGGUCCGGCAAGUGACCAAGAAGAUUCCCCUCUUCAACUACUGGCCCUAUGGUUGUUACUGCGGACUUGGUGGCAGAGGCCAGCCCAAAGAUGCCACCGACUGGUGCUGCCAGAARCAUGAUUGUUGCUACAAACACCUGAGGACCUACCAAUGCAGACCCAAGAGGGACCAUUAUAAUUACACCUUUUCCCAGGGGGACGUCCAGUGCCCCCACAGGGGGAGCUGGUGCGAGCAGCAGCUGUGUGCCUGUGACAAGGAGGUGGCCUUCUGCCUGAAGAGCAACCUCGACUCCUACAACAAGCUCCUGCGAUUCUACUGGCGGCCCCGCUGCCGGGACCCCACUCCUUCAUGCUAG